UUCAAAUGGUUCAAGUACGCUUUGAAAGACUGGAUUUCUGUAAUUCGCCAUGACUUCAACGUGCGUUUAAAACGAGGUCCGACGCUGACCGUCAUCAGACCGCACCAGUGCUGCACCACCUGGCGCUCAAAUUAUAACAACCGGGGUCCUAUUUCCACAUCUUUCUUAGCUGCGAUGAGUACGCAGAUCUUGAUUCUUGGCAGCGGAGGUAGAGAACACGCUCUAGCUUGGAAGCUAGCACAGUCAGAUCAAGUAAAACAUAUCUUCGUAUGUCCCGGUAAUCCAGGAACUGCGAAAAAUCAAAAAACUUCAAAUCUUGAUCUUCCUCUCAUCUAUCCGUACAAAGAUCUAGUAGAUCAUGCCAUCAACAACAAGAUCAACCUCGUAGUCCCAGGACCAGAGGACCCUCUCGUUCUUGGCGUAGAAAAAUGCUUUCGUGACGUCGGCAUACCCGUCUUCGGUCCCACCCAGCUUGCAGCUAGGAUGGAAGGCUCAAAAGCCUUCUCAAAGGCCUUCAUGCACCGUCACGCUAUACCCACCGCUAAAUUUAAAAUAUUCUCUUCUUCUCAACUUCAGGAUGCCAUACAAUACGUUCAGACUUGCGGUCACUCUGUCGUUCUAAAGGCCAGUGGCCUCGCAGGCGGAAAGGGUGUCCUCAUCCCGUCAUCUAUCGAAGAAGCCCUUCAAGGCCUGCGAUCUAUCAUGGUAGACAAUGCCUUCGGCUCAGCAGGCGACGAGGUUGUGAUCGAGGAACUCCUCGAAGGUCCCGAAAUCUCUGUCCUCGCGUUUUCUGAUGGGUACACGAUCGUUCCCCUUCCAGCCGCGCAAGAUCACAAGCGCAUCGGCGAAGGAGACACCGGCCUUAAUACAGGUGGUAUGGGCGCCUAUGCCCCUGCCCCUGUCGCAACCCCCGCGAUCAUGCACCGUAUCAUGACCGAGAGUCUACGUCCCACUAUCGAUGGCAUGCGCAAGGAAGGAUUCCCUUUCGUCGGCCUCCUUUUCACAGGUUUCAUGCUUACUGCCGACGGACCCAAGGUCCUUGAGUACAACGUCCGUUUCGGGGACCCCGAAACCGAGGCCCUCAUGAUGCUCCUGCGCGAUGAUGUCGAUCUUGCUGCAGUCCUUCUCGCGUGCGCAGAGCGUCACCUCGAUUCAGUCCAGAUCAACACCCGCUUAGGCUUCUCAGUCUCUGUUAUUCUCGUUUCAGGGGGAUACCCCGGGAACUAUACCAAGGGGAAGCUAAUUCAAGUGGGCGAUAUCCCAUCUGAUGUCGUCGUGUUUCAUUGCGGAACAUCAAUGAACGGAAAUGAUCUGGUCACAUCAGGUGGCCGUGUCAUGGCAGUGACAUGCUCUGCACCAACCCUGGAACGAGCCCUUGCACAAGUUUAUGCGGCUGUGGAAGAAAUCUCGUUCGAGGGCAAGUUCUACAGGCGAGACAUUGCACACAGAGCACUGGCGGCGAGUCAAGCUCCAUCAAACGGCCUGACAUAUGCGCAGGCCGGAGUUUCCGUAGAUGCCGGAAACGCGCUCGUCGAAGCCAUCAAGCCACACGUGCGCGCCACAAAGCGCUCUGGUGCUGAUGUAGAAAUAGGGGGUUUUGGAGGUAUAUUUGACCUCAAAGCCACCGGCUACAAGGAUCCCGUGCUGGUUAGCGGGACAGAUGGCGUGGGCACGAAACUUCGUGUCGCCGUCGAUGCUGGUAUUCACCAUCUUGUCGGAAUCGACCUGGUUGCAAUGUCAGUCAACGACCUGCUAGUGCAGGGCGCCGAACCGCUUUAUUUCCUCGACUAUUACGGCUGCAGCAAACUAGACGUCGCUACUGCUGCGGAAGUUAUCAAGGGUAUCGCACAGGGCUGUCAGCAAGCUGGCUGUGCCUUGAUCGGUGGAGAAACGGCAGAGAUGCCAGGGAUGUACCAAGACGGCGAUUACGACCUCGCAGGCUUCGCAGUAGGCGCGGUCGAGCGCACUUCGAUUCUUCCUCGUUCGGAUAUCAUGCCAGGGGACAUCCUCCUCGGCAUCGCUUCUUCUGGAUUACACUCGAACGGGUUCUCACUCGUUCGAAAAGUCAUCGAGAUGACAGGCCUGUCAUAUGCUUCGGCAUGCCCGUGGGAUGAUCAAAAGACUCUCGCGCUCAGUCUUCUGGAGCCAACUAGGAUCUACAUCAAGCAGGUCCUCCCAGCUGUACACCAAGGACUCUUAAAAGGCAUGUCGCACAUCACAGGAGGUGGCUUCAUCGAGAACAUCCCGCGGGUUCUACCAAAAGGAAUGGGCGCCUACCUCGAUGCAUCGACUUGGCAGCUCCCUCCUGUGUUCCGGUUCCUGAUGCUGCAGGGUGGCAUCGCACCCUUGGAAAUGGCUCGCACGUUCAAUAAUGGUAUUGGGUUGGUGCUUAUCGUCGGGCGGGAGGAUGCGGAGAGGGCUGUGGAGGUCUUACGGGGGACUCCUGGCGCUGAUGUGUACCGCAUUGGUGAGGUCACGGAUAGAAGUGGAGUUGAAAUGAGGAAUUUGGAGCAUUGGAGUCAUCAAUAGCGGAACGCUUGGUUGUAUGUAUCGCCAAAAUGUUUCGGCUGAAAUUAUCAUCGUUAGAGAUUGACCAGAUGUGCCG